AUGAAGAAAGUGACUGUAGGAGAGGAAUUAGUGGGCACUCUCCAGGACCAAAACUCACCCUUGGAGAUGAGCUCCACAAAGCCCUCCCCAAAGGAGACCCUCAUGGAAACACCUCAGGGUCUGAUCCCCAAAGAAACACUCUGGAGGCCAACUUCAAAAGGGGAGGCCACCCCCAAAGAGACCCCCACAGAGACAUCCCAAGGACAGAUUCCAACAGAAGAGACCAGAACAGACUCUUGGGAGUCCUUCAUGAAAACACUCAUGGAAAAGACCUUCACAGAGGAAUCCCUAGAGGAGAUACCUAAAGAAACCCCCUCAAAAAUCCCCAGAGAAACACAGCAAGUAGAGAUUCCAGCAGGAGAUAAUACCCUAUCAGAUACUCUCUCCUGGGAGUCCCUCAUAGAGAUACCUAUAGCAGGGAUGGCCCUAGAGGAGAUGUUAACUGAAAAUCCCAUUGGGGAAUUUCCCUCCAGGAACUCAAAGGGAGAGCCUUCCUUGAAAAUGCUGGCAGAAGAGACAAUCUUGAAAGAGACCCUCGAAGGAAGACCCUCAGGGGAGCCCCUCCAUGUGCAGCCCCCACCAGAAGAGCCACCUCCUGAGGUCCCCCUGUCCAAGAUACCCCCACCUCUGCACACCCUGUACGUGAGCCACUUGAACCCGCAAUUCUCAGGGGCAGUGCUCUCCUGCCUGCUGAGGGACAUGUUUGAGCGUCUGCACCUGCCACUGGAGCGGGAAGCCAUCAGGGUGGUAAAGAAGCAUCGUCGUGCUCAUGCCCUAAUACAGGUGCCCACCUCAGUGGCUUCCAGUACUGUGGCCCAGCAGCUACAGCAGGCUGCUGAGGAGCAUGUGCUUCUGAAGGACCUCGUGGCAAGGGGCAAGAUGCUAGCAGUGAGCGAGGGCCCACGGAUCUUCUUCAGCAGAGAGAGCUUCCAGCCCACAGAUGAUGGCAGCAUCCACAACAACUAUGCCUCCCGACCAGUCCCAUCCCGGCCCAGCGCUGGGCUCUCAUCAGACUGGCCCUCUGCCACCACAGCCUACACCCCACCUUCCAAGUGCUUCCGACCCCACUCUCCAUGCUUGCCCUGUGCCGCUCGCUCAGACAGUGCCAUUAUGCACCAAGAGAUUGUGGGGCAGGAGAAGCUCUUCUAUGGCGCCUUCCUAGGCAAUGAAACACGCAACCUGGAGUUCAAACGCGGGGGUGGCGAGUACCUGAACCUGGCAUUGAAGCAUCAUGUUCGCCGCUACGUCUGUGCCUUCCUCAACAGCGAAGGCGGCAGCCUCUUUGUGGGUGUUGAGGACAGCGGACUUGUGCGUGGCAUCCGCUGUAGCCAUCGUGAUGAGGACCGAGUGCGGCUGUUGGUGGACUCCAUCCUUCAGGGAUUCAAGCCCCAGGUGUUUCCCGAUGCCUAUACACUCACCUUCAUCCCUGUGAUAAGGGCAGGGGGCAGUAACAACAGCCUGCUUAAGGUGAUCCGCCUCACUGUGCACAGGCCAAGGGUCCGCUCAGAACCGCUGCUCUACGAGACUGACCUGGGGGAAGUGUUCCUGCGACGUGAUGGCAGCAUCCAGGGCCCGCUUUGUGGCAGUGCCAUUCAGGAGUGGUGCAGGCAGAAAUGGAUGGCAGAGCUGAACAAGCUGCAAAAAAGGGUCAAUGUCCUGACCAUAGAGAAGGAGCAUCUCCAGGAACAGCUGAAUCAGGGCCCGUGCCAACAGCUGUGCCGGCAGCCCUCCUCCUGCAUCUGCUGCAUCAUGUGACAGGCCUUGCGACCCACAGCCCAGAGGCAGGGGCCGCAACAAACCGGAUCAUGCAUCUCUUCUGAAAGCGUGCUUUCUACCUGAGCUCCGACUCAUGCUCAGGCCCCUCAGGGGGGCAGCCCCUAGGCAGGCUCCCUCACUGGCCCCUCCCCGAUGGUUCUCACCUGUUUGAAACCAGCGCUGGUGAAGUGCUGUACCGGGACAGGCACAGGUGGGGGGCAUGGAAAAGUCACUUUUAAAAUGACUCAUUAUCAAUCCUCCACUUCAGGGGAAACUUCUCUCAGCCUCAGCUCUGAGAAAGCUGGCACUGCCUGCCAAUUUUCCUUCAUCU